UUGUGUGCUGUGAUGAGAGUGCUGCUGCAGGGAGCUGAGCAGAGAGCAUGGGCCAGCUGGAAAACCACGAUAUGAUUUAUUUAUUUAUUAUGUAUACAGUGUUCUAUCUGCACACCAGAAGAGGACACCAGACCUCAUUACAUAUAGUUAGGAGCCACCAUGUAGUUGCUGGGAAUUGAACUGAGGACCAGGACCUUUGAAAGAACAGCCAGUACUCUUAUCCUCUGAGCCAUCUCUCCAGCCCCCAGAACUGAAUUUUCAUAAAACCAAAUGACUGUAGUUAUACCAGUUCAACCUAAGUAGAAGAACCUGAUAAAAUGAUGUGUCCCUGCCUAAUAUGAGUGUGUAUUCCAGGUUUAAGAAAUAUACCCAGAGAGAAAUGAUAAUUCAGUGACCUAUGAUGACGUGCAUAUUGACUUCACUUGGGAAGAGUGGACUUUGCUGGAUCCUUCCCAGAAGAAUCUCUAUAAAGAUGUGAUGCUGGAGACUUACAGGAACCUCACUACUAUAGGAUACACUUGGGAAGACCAUAAUAUUAAAGAAAAUUGUCAAAGUUCUAGAAGACAUGAAAGGCAAGAAAGAAGUCAAACUGUAGAGAGACCUUCUGUACAUGCUCAAGGUGUAAAUGCCUUUGUAUAUCCCAGUACUAUUCAACUGCAUGAAAGACCAAAUACUAGAGAGAAGCCUCAUAAAUGCAAUCAAUGUGUUAAAGCCUUUGCAUAUUAUGGUCAUCUUCAAAUUCAUAAAAGAACACACACUGGAGAGAAACCCUAUGAAUGCAGUCAAUGUGGUAAAGCCUUUCGAUGGCACAGAAGUCUUCAACUGCAUGAAAGAACACACACUGGAGAGAAACCCUAUGGAUGUAGUCAAUGUGGUAAAGCCUUUGCACAAUACAGUCAUCUUCAAAGACAUAAAAGAACACACACUGGAGAGAAACCUUAUGAAUGUAAUCAGUGUGGUAAAACGUUUGCUGAUCACAGUUGUCUUGGAAUACAUAAAAUGACCCACACUGGAGAGAAAUCAUAUGAAUGUAAUCAGUGUGGUAAAGCCUUUGCAUAUUACAGUCGUCUUCAAAGCCAUAAAGGAACACAUACUGGAGAGAAACCCUAUGGAUGUAAUCAAUGUGGUAAAGCCUUUGCACAAUACUGUCAUCUUCAAAGACAUAAAAAAGCCCAUACCGGAGAGAAACCCUAUGAAUGUGCUCAAUGUGGUAGAGCUUUUGCAUGGCAAAAAAGUCUUCAAAUGCAUAAAAGAACGCACACUGGGGAGAAACCCUAUGAAUGCACUCAAUGUGGUAAAACCUUUGUAUGGCCCAAAAGUCUUGAAAUGCAUAAAAGAACACAUACUGGAGAGAAACCCUAUGAAUGCACUCAGUGUAGUAAAGUCUUUGCACAACAUAGUAUUCUUCAAGUGCAUAAAAGAACACAUACUGGAGAGAAACCUUAUGAAUGUAAGCAAUGUGGUAAAGCCUUUGCAGAUUAUAGUUGUCUUAAAAGGCACAGAAAAACACACUGUAGAGAAAUUCUGUGAAUGUUUUCAGUGUUGUAAAGCCUUUACAGAUCACUAUAGUCUCCAAAUACAUGAAAGAGCCCAUACUGUAAUCAGUGUGGUAAAGGCUUUGCAGAUCACAAUAGUCUUCAAAUACACGAAAGAACCCACAUUGGAGAGAAACCCUAUGUAUGCAAUCCAUUUGGUAAAGCCUUUGAAUGUCACAACACUUCAAUGUCAUAAAAGAACACAUACUGGCGAGAAACCCUAUGAAUGUAAUCAGUGUUGUUAAUCCUUUACAUAUCACAGUAUUCUUCAAUGCCAUAAAGGAACACAUACUGGGAAGAAACCCUAUGUAUGCAAUCAGUGUGGUAAAGCCUUUGAAUGCCACAGUACUCUUCAUAUGCAUAAAAUAAUUCAUACUGGAGAGAAACCCUGUGAAUAUAAUGAUUGUGGUAAAGCCUUUGCACAACACAGUAAUCUUCAAAGUCAUAAAAGAACACAUACUGGGGAGAAAGCCUAUGAAUGUAAGCAGUGUGGUAAAGCCUUUGCAUAUUACAAUCUUCUUCAAUGCCAUAAAAGGGCACAUACUGGGGAGAAACCCUAUUAAUGCAAUCAGUGGGGUAAAGCCUUUGUGCACCACAGUACUCUUCAAAGGCAUAAAAGGACCCAUACUGGAGAGAUACCCAAUGAAUGUAAUGAUUGUUGGUAAGCCUUUGCAUGUCUCAAUACUCUUCAAAUGCAUAAAAGAACAUACUGGAAAGAAGCCCUGUGUUUGUAAUCAAUGUAGUAAAGCCUUUAAAUGUCACAGUAGUCUUCACAGGCAUAAAAGAACACUUAGUGGAGAGGAAAUCUAUGAAUGAAAUCAGUGCAGUCAAGCUUUUUUAUGUGACAGUAGUCACUGAAAACAUGAAAGAUCCUUUACCGCAGAGAAACCCUUUGUAUGUAGUCAGUGUGGUAAAUCCUUUCUAUGUCAUAGUACUCUUCAAAUGCUUAAAAUAGUACACAUUGGAGAGAAAGCCUUUGAAUGUAAUCUGUUAAAGCCUUUGCAUGUAUCAGGAAUCUUCAAAAUCAUGAGAAAAAAUCAAGUUGCAGAGAAACCCUCCAGUCAGUGUGGUAAAGUUUAGCACUUUAUACAUUAGUAAAACUUUUUGUGUGCAAUCUAUCUGUUUAAGCCUUUAUAUAUUGUAAUAGUCUGUGACCAUGUGAAAAAGCUACUGAGGCUUUCUCUUUAUAUUUUUAAUUAAAAAAUUUUUCUUUCCUUUUAUAUACCAAGCCCUGUUCCCCCUCUCUCUCCUCUUCCCCCUGCCCCACCUCCCCUUAUCCCACACCCAUCCCUUUCUCAUAGCGGGUAAGGCCUCUCUUAGGUAGUCAACACAGGAUGGCUUACCAAGUUGGUGCUUGACCUAGCCCUCCCAUCCUGCAUCAGAGUUGAAUAAGGUAUCCCACCAUAGAGAAUGGGCUCUAAAAAGCCAGUUCAUGUACCCAGGAUAAGUCCUGGUCACAUUGACAGUGGACGCAGAAACAUACCAAGCCACAUAACUGGCACCCAUAUUUAGAUGAUGUAGGGCAGUCCCAUGCAGGCUCCCCAGCUGCCAGUCCAGAGUCCAUGAGCUCCUGCUAGUUGGGUUCAACUAUCUGUCGUUUUUUCCCAUCAUGAUGCUGAACCCUAUGGUGAUAUUUUAUUUGUAUUAAAAUGCUAUUUGUAUGUUAAUAAAUAAAGUUGCCUGGGGUCAGAGCUAUUAGCAAGCCAUAGGAAAGCAGGGCAAUGGUGGCAUAUGCUUGUAAUCCCAGCACUUGGUAGGCAGAGCUAGGUAAGUCUCUGUGUGUUCAGGGAUACAGCCAGCAUUGGAUACACAUGCCUUUAAUCUCAAUACCAAUCAUGGAAAACCUGGAGGUCUAUACAGACAGGCCAUGAUGAGGCAGUCAUGUGGUUGGGUUUACAACCAAUGAGAAGGCAGAACAGAAAUUCUAUAUAAGGACUUUAACACAGAAAGUAGCUCUGGUUCAGAGAGGUAGGACCACCACAGGAGGAAGGGUAAGGUUUUAGCUCUUAGCUCUGACCUCUUGGCUUUCUUCUUUGCAUUGGUUCUGUGCUUCUUAUUUAAUAAGAAGGUUGGUUACAUCUAUAUAACCCCCCUUGCUCCUAUAAUCCUUCCUUCUUCUCUUCAACUGAACUGUGCCUUUAUGUCACUUGUGUGAGGUUUCUCCAACUUCUUUAUGUAGACACUUAGUGGUAUAUACUUUCCUCUUAACACUGCUUUCAUAGUGUCCCAUAAGUUUGGGUAUGUUGUGAAUUUACCUCUGAUGAAUUCUGGGAAAUAUUUAAUUUCUUUAUUUAUUUCUUCCUUGACCUAGUGAUAAUUCAUUUGAGGAUUUUUCAGCUUCCAUGAGUUUGUAGGUUUUCUGCAUUUUGUGUUGUUGAAUUCUGACUUUAAUCCAUCAUAGUCCGAUAAGAUACAGGGGUUUAUUCCAAUUUUUUUGUUUAUGUUGAGAUUUCUUUGGCUAUUGACUGUGUGGCCAGUUUUGGAGAAAGUUCCAUGGGAUGUUGAAAAGAAUGUAUAUUUUUUGUGUUUCAGUGAAAUGUUCUACAGAUGUCUGAUCAAUCUGUUUGAGCCAACAUCUGUUAGUUCCCUUAUAUCUCUGUUAUAUUUCUGUCUCGCAGACCUGUCCAGUGGAGAGAGAGUUGUUUAAGUAUCCCAGUAUUAACAUGUAUGGUUUUUAACAUGUGAUUUAAGCUUUAGUAAUGUUUCUUUUACAAAUGUAGGUGCCCUUAUAUUUUGGGCAUAAAUGUUCAGAAUUGAGACUUCAUCUUGAUGGAUUUUUCCUGUGAUAAAAAUGAAAUGCCCUUCUCCAUCCCUUUUGAUUGACUUCAGUUUGAAAUCUAUUUUAUUAGAUAUUAGAAUAGCUACACCAGCUUCUUUCUUAGGACCAUUUGAUUGGAAAAUCUUUACUCUGAGGUAAUGUCUGUUUUGAAGUUGAGGUAUGUUUCUUGUUUGCAGCAGAAGGAUGGAUCCUGUUUUUGUAACCAUUCUAUUAGCCUGUGUCUUUUUUAGGGAAAAUUAAUUCAUUGAUAUAAAGGGAUAUUAGUGACCAGUGAUUGUUAAUUCAUGUUAUUUUUUUGGUUGUAGUGUAUGUGUGUGUUUCCCUUCUUUGGGAUUUGCUAGCAUGAGUUUAUCUAUUGCCUGUGAUUUUGGGGUUGCUGCUAACUUCCUUGGGUUGGAGUUUUCCUUCUAGUACUUUCAGUAGGGCUGGAUUUGUGGAUAUGUAAUGUUUAAAUCUGGCUUUGUCAUGGAAUGUCUUAUGUUCUCCAUCUAUGGUGAUUGAAAGCUUUGCUGGGUAUAGUAGUCUGUGCUAGCAUCCAUGUUCUCAUAGUGUCUGCAGAACAUCUGUGAAAGAACUUUUGGCUUUGACAGUUUCCAUUGAGAAGUCAGGUGUAAUUCUGACAGGUCUGCCAUUACAUGUUACUUGAUCUUUUUCCGUUGCUGCUCUUAAUAUUCUUUCUUUAUUCUGUAUGUUUAGUGUUUUGAGUAUUAUGUGGCAUGUGGACAUUUUUUGUGAUCUAGUCUAUUUGGUGUUAUGUAUGUUUCUUGUCCCAUCAAAGGCAUAGUUUUCUUUAUGUUGGGAAAGUUUUCUUCAAUGAGUUUGUUGAAUGUUUUCUGUGCCUUUGAGCUGGAAUUCUUCUCCUUCUUCUAUCCCUAUUAUUCUUAUGGUUGGUCUUUCUAUGGUGUCCCAAAUUUCCUGGAUGGUUUUUGUUAAAAAUUUGGUGGAUUUAACAUUUUCUUUGAUGGAUGAAUCUGUUCCAUCUUAUUCUCAUUACCUAAGAUUCUCUCUGAUAUUUCUUAUUUUUUUUUUUUUUUUUUUUUUUUUUGGUUUUUUGAGACAGGGUUUCUCUGUGUAGCUUUGUGCCUUUCCUGGAACUCACUUGGUAGCCCAGGCUGGCCUGGAACUCACAGAGAUCCGCCUGGCUCUGCCUCCCAAGUGCUGGGAUUAAAGGCGUGCGCCACCACCGCCCGACUUUUUUUUUCCAUUUCUCAUAUUCUCUCGAUUAAGCUUGCAUCUGUAGUUUCUGUUUGUUUACUCAGAUUUUUGUUUUCCACAAUUCCUUCAGUUUUUGUUUAUUGCCUCUAUUUCAAUUUGAAGUCUUGAACUGUUUCCUUCACAUGUUGAUUGUUUUUUCUUCAGUUUCUUGAGUUUCUUUAAGAGAGUUCUUGUUUUCCUCCAAAUUUUUGUUUGUCUUUUCCUCUAUUCUUUUAAGAAAAUUUUUAUUUCUUCUUUCAAGGCCUCUAUCAUCUACAUAAACUUGUUUUUAAGGUCUCUUAUUUCUGGAUCAUCUGCUUUGGGAGGUUCAGGUCUUGCUGUUGAAGGAUCACUAGGUUCUGGUGGUAGCGUAUUGCUCUUUACCUUUUUAUCGUGUUCUUACACUGCUGUCUAUCCAUUUCUUCCUUUGACCCAUACAGGUGGUACUCCAGGUCACUCUUCUUCCAAUUGGUGCGGGGGGGGGGGGGGGCUGUGGCUCCUGUGGUUGCUCUUCUUCCCAAUUAGUGCAGGAGGGGCAUAUGGCUCUGGUGGUCACUGGUGCCCCAGGGGAUCCUUGGUAAUGGGGUGGGGGAAAAGGGCUGCUACCAGGUCUCUGGGAAUGCACUGACUUGGGUGGGGCAAGGAAUGUACCCAUGGGUCCUAAAGGCUAGAGAACUAAGCUGUCCAGUCCAACAAUCUGGGUCUUACCUCUUCCCCAACUGGUACAUGGAAGGGGGUCCUAUGGCUCUUGUGGACACGGCUGCCAAUGGGGAUGGUUGGUGGGGAAGGAGGCUGCUGUUCUUUCUUUUGGGCUGCCCCGGUAGGGGGAGGGGCUAGAGAACUGUGCUGACCAGUCUGGAGAUUGAGCCUUACCUGUUCCUCAUCGGUACAGGGGAGCAUAUGACUUAGGAGGUCCAUGGUGUCAUUGGGGUUGGUUGGCGUGGCGAGAAAGAACUUCUUAAUAUAAAGUAUUUGGUAAGUUCAUUAGACAACACAAUUAUAAUCAGUUUCCUGAGAGUAUUCUAUAGAAAAAAAAUUCGACAGUGUCAACAAUAACAGAUUGAUCGCCAUCUUUACAUUGUGUGCACCAGCAAUCUCAUGAAAAAGUGAUUUUAUAACUAUGUGAAGCCCUAUGUGUAGGGUAAAUUGUCCAGCCAGAGAAACAUACCCUGAAAAUAGAGCCAGUGAAAUACACACACUUUGGCCCUGAAACCAGAGCCAAAAAAACUGCCUGAUAGUCUUAGCAACAGCAGCUGAAACAUGAUCUGGAGAUGAGCUGGACCAAUGAGAGGCAGCCAUGUCACACCAGCUGAUGUAUAUUCAUCAGACCUCCCCCCAGAGUGGGGUGGAGGGUAUAUAAGGCUUGCCUCUUCCUGAAUAAACUGAGCUUGUUAUUUUGACAUUC